UGAUUUAAAUCACAAUUUAAAUCACGAUUUAAAUCACUAGUAAAAAGGCUUGAUUUAAAUCAACUCGAUUUAAAUCUUUGUUUGCAGAAUAAUGACUUUCUGGAGAAUACCAUACAUCGCCAUGAACCUCCAGUUACAGCACAAACGAUUGAGUUUAUAGAGGAUAAUGAUGAAGUUGUGGUUGUAGACAAGCCCUCAUCUGUGCCCGUUCAUCCCUGCGGUGGAUUUCGGCACAACACAAUCAUUUUCAUUUUGGGCAAAGAGCAUAACCUGAAAGAGCUGCAUACUGUUCAUCGGCUUGAUCGCCUGACAUCAGGUGUCCUCAUCUUUGCCAAGUCUGCAGAAGUAUCCAAGAGGAUUGAUGAACAAGUUCGACAGCGGCAGCUGGAGAAAGAGUAUGUAUGCCGUGUGGUUGGAGAGUUUCCAGAAAAUGAAGUGAUCUGUGAAGAACCUAUCUUGUCUAUGUCUUACAAAAUGGGUUUGUGUCGAGUGGAUCCCAAAGGCAAGACAUGUAAAACGGUCUUCCAGCGGCUCAGUUACAAUGGCAAGACUAGUGUAGUAAAGUGUUUCCCAUACACUGGCCGUACCCAUCAGAUCCGUGUCCAUCUACAAUUUUUGGGGCAUCCUAUCGUCAAUGAUCCUAUCUACAAUAAUGAAAUUUGGGGUCCUGAAAAGGGCAAGGGGGGCAGUGUUAAUAAAACUGAUGAUGAAUUGCUUCAAUCAUUUGUGGAAGAAUAUGUCUCAAAAGAGAGUCUGGGAAUCUUGGACAUUGUGGAGGAGGACCUGAAAGCAGUUUUAGCAGAUAAAAAGCAGGAAACUCCAGAUAAUGGAAUUAAGCCUCUGCAGGUCACUACUGCAAUUGAUCAUUCUGACAACAUUGAAGAAUCAGAAGACAAAGAAAAGACGCUUUCUCUGAAUUCUGCCUCUCAAGCAAAUGUGCAUAAAACUGAAAGUGGGGAAAUGUGUUUAACUGAGUUCCACAAUGAGAUGGACCCACUAUGUGAAGAAUGCAAAACGGUGAGGCCUGAUCCAUCACCCAGAGAGCUAGUGAUGUAUCUCCAUGCUUUACGCUAUAAAGGAAUGGAAUUUGAAUAUUGUUCCAAAAUGCCUGCUUGGGCCCAGGAUGAUUGGGAAGAGACUUGAAUCUUAUUUUAUAAAGUGAAGAGCGGGUGAGAAACUUUCUGCAAAUGGAAUGGAAGAAGAGUCGGUAUAUGUGAAGAAGCUGUUCCAAAGAAUGCAUUUUCUUUUUAUUGCAAGAAAGUGGAAUAAUUAUUUGGAGAAGCAAUAUUUCUUACCAAGUAAGAAUAUACAAGUAAUCCUUGAGUUACGACAGUAAUGGAACCUGCCCAUUACAGUACUGUUGGAAUCGGGAUAAAUGAGCCCCAUCCUUGCUCAUCUCAAUGCAUUUGGGAAACGAAUGUGUGGGUCAUUACGCGCGCAUGGGGUGCCUCAGGGAUGACCCUGGAGGGAUUAGUGCAGGCACAAGCCCCCUGCCUUGGGCCUUCCAAGGCCUCCCCCCACCCCUGAGAUACCCCAUUCUCCGCUUCCCACCCUUGGGGUCCCCAUAACCCAUUGGGCCUCUAUUUUAAUGCCAUAUAUCUCCGUAUUCUGGUCUAUUUUAUUGUGACUGCUACUCAGCUACUCUGUUCCUUAAUAGAGCUGCAUAGCCUCUCCAAUAAAUUAACUUAAUAAAAGGGCUCAUUAAACAGCUGCAAUCAUAGUUAACGUGUCUUAUGGGGAGCUUGAACUGCCUAUUUCAUUGCUUUUAAAAAGCUGUGUAAUAAUAAAGCUGUUCCGGUUUCUUGGGAGCAAUCAUUGGUUCUAAAAAUCUGAUGAAACGGAGCUCUUUCCAAUAAAUAUACACAUUAAAAACA